AAAUUGAACAUUUCUUUAUAAGCUUCCAAGCGAAGAGUACGUUAAUUCGAUAAGAAUAUUUGGACGUAUAAAAGGUGCUUAAAGUAUGCGAUAAAAGCUUUCUAGACGCGAUCUGUAAAUUAAUGAAAGAUGGCGCCAAAAGAAGCGGAUUACAUAGAGCUAGCUCACAAAAGAGCUAUUGAAAAGAAGACACAUGUUAGCUUUCCGCAAUUGAAGUAUCCUUCACUAAGAGAUGAAGGGUUAAGAGAUCCAGUGCAAUGGUUGACCGGAAAAGCUAUGGAUGAUGGAGCUGAGGGUCUCUGGAGAGUCCACAAUAAGCUGUAUGAUUUAGACCAGUAUAUGGACAAUCAUCCUGGUGGAAAAGAAUGGUUGGAGUUGAGCAAGGGCACGGACAUUACCGAAGCAUUCGAAGCGCAUCAUAUCAAUCCAAUCGCUGAGUCAGUGCUCAAAAAGUUUUACGUUAGGGACGCAAAAACACCAAGGAAUUCACCCUUCACGUUCCACGAAGAUGGGUUCUACAGGACCUUGAAGAAAAAGGCAUGGGAGAAAAUUAAAACAAUCCCGAAAACAGAAAACCAUCGUUCAGAUUUAUUGACAGAUACACUUUUAAUCACUUGCCUUGCAAGUUCUACACUAGCAAGCUGGACUGAGAACUACUGGAUUGGAAUGAUUGCGUACAUAGUCGCUUCGUUUUCUUUAGCCUGGACAAUGGUUGCUGCGCACAACUAUAUCCAUAGGAAAACGAAUUUUAGAAUGUAUUAUUUCAAUAUAGGAUUAUGGUCUUACAGAGAUUUCAGAGUAUCUCACUCACUCUCUCACCAUCUUUAUCCAAAUACGUUGAUGGAUUUGGAAAUCAGUGGUUUUGAACCUAUAAUUUUCUGGAAUCCAAGGAAGAAUCGCCCAUUCUAUGCUAAAUAUGCAUAUUUGAUUGAACAAGUACUUUUCCCCCUUUCAUUAAUUCUUAACUUUUUGAAAAGAUUUUCUCUUAUCUUCCUUCGUCCCAACUUCUUCAAGCAGCAUUAUCGUUGGCAUGAUGUUAUUGGACUUCUCUUACCCCUGUGGAUGUAUUUUACUAGUGGUUCUUCAUUCUCUCAUACUGUAUAUACUUGGCUGUGGAUAAAUUGCACUGCCAGCUACAUCUUCUUUACAAUUGGUUCAAAUGCUGCUCACCAUCAUCCAGACAUAUUUAAGGAUGGAGAUGAAGUCAGCGACGUCACACCGGAUUGGGGCAUGCAUGAACUAGAAGCAGUAAUGGACAGAAAGGACGUAAACGACAGCCACUUCAAGGUAUUGACGUUAUUUGGCCAUCACGCCCUGCACCAUCUAUUCCCGACCUUGGACCACGCAGUUUUGGAACAUUUGUACCCCAUAUUCCUUGAACACUGCGAAAAGUAUAGAGCCAACUUCAGAAUAACGUCACAACUAGAUCUGUAUUUAGGCCAGAUAAGAAUGACUUUGAAAACGAAGCCAACAUUACUCUCCGAAAGACGAUAAAUCAAGCUUAUUCUUGUGGAAAAAAAAUAAAACGCGUUUAACAAAAAAUGAUUUUUUUAUU